AUGAGAAAGUUCAUAGGGGACAGUUUAACCUUUAAUAUUCCCACCCUAUUUAAAUUCCAUCACAAACCCACAUCUCCAACAGAAACCAAAUCACUCCAACUUCUAAAGGAUUCGCUCAUUGGCUACUGCCUCAUUACAUGUGAAUCAAUGGCGAUCCCUGAAACCCCACACACAACUAACAAAUUGUCAAACAAAUUGAAUAAAAGACCAAGAAAUCUAAUCACUCUCUUCUCCUUCACUACCACCACAACCACCACUACUACUUCUUCUUCUCCAUGUUCAUCUUCACCAUCUGAAUCCAUGAUGGAAGAAAACAUAAAAAACGCAGAGGCAAUCAUCCACAAAUGGGACAUCAAUGGUGAUUCUUACACCAGAUUCAUCUCCAUCUUUCAAGACAACACCAGAGAAGCUACAGUUUUCAUCAAUUGCGUCAAAGGACUACACCGUGCUAUGCAUUUCCUCGUUUCAAAUGAUCCGAGGUCAGAGAUGCUAGCUGUUGCUCAGAGACUGAUGAAAAUUGCAAUGAAACGUCUCGAGAAAGAGUUUCAUCUAAUCUUAUCAGAUAAUCGUGAGUACUUGGAGCCUAGAUCUGUUUCUAGCUGGCCUUCUCGAUUGUCAUGGUCCAGCACUGAAUCGGAAGAUGAACGAAAACUACAAAUCUCGGUUUCUGAUGUUGAAUCACUAUCGAUGAUUGCAAUUUCAAUUCUCAGGCUGAUAGCUGAUACGAUGAUUAGUUGUGGUUACGGCAAGGAGUGUAUCAAAAGUUAUAAAAUGAUACGAAAAUCAGCCAUCAAUGAAGCUUUAUUUCAUCUCGGAAUCCAGCCUUACUGUUAUUUUCACAUCAAGAAGAUGGUAGACGCUUCACAUUUUGAAUAUCAUGUCAAAAGUUGGUUGAAUGCGGUUCCAAUCGCAGUGAAGACACUCUUCCAUGGAGAGAAGUUUCUCUGCGAUUACGUCUUCACUUCGUUUGUAGAAAUCAGGGAUUCCUGUUUCGAGAAUUCAACGGAAGGAGCGCUGAAUCUGUUCACAUUUCCCGAACUCAUUGCAACGAGAUGCAAGAGACUGAAGUCGGAGACAAUUUUCGUGAUGAUGGAGUUGUAUGAUUCGAUUUCAAAUCUAUGGCCAGAAAUCGAAUCACUCUUCUCAUAUGAAUCUGUCUCGUCGGUGAAAAUGCAAGCGCUGUCGUCUCUUCACAAACUCGGCGACUCCAUCAGAACUGUUCUUCGCGAGUUGGAAUCGUCGAUUCAUAAUAACUCAUCUAAACUUACUGUAUCCGGCGGUGGAAUUCAUCCGUUGAAUGAUUCAGUCAUGACUUACUUAUCAUCGCUGGCUGAGUACGGCAGUGCCCUAAGUGAUGUCAUCGUAGAUGACUUGCCGUUCAAGGAACAAUCGCCAUUUCUGGAAUCCUACAUGGAGUGCCUGAACACCGACGAAGUUUCGCCGCCGGCCGUUACCGUAAAGCUCGCAUGGAUCAUUCUCGUUCUUCUAUGCAAAUUGGACGGCAAAGCUAAGUUUCACAACUACGUUGCACUAUCGUAUCUCUUCCUAGUCAACAAUCUCCAUUUCAUUAUCGAAAAGGUCCGUGAAACAAAUCUGAAAUCUAUUCUAGGAGAAGAAUGGAUAAUGAAACACGAAAAGAAGUUAAAGCAAUAUGUAUCAAGCUACGAAUCCAUGUCUUGGAAUAAGGUGAUUUCAUGUUUGCCGGAAAAUUCAGUGGUGUGCCCGGAGAAGGUGAGGGAUUGCUUCAGGAGGUUGUACUCUACAUUUGAGGAGGUAUACGGGAAGCAAACGACGUGGAUUGUGGUGGACGAAAAGAUGAGAGAUAAGAUGAAGGCCUCGAUCGCGAACAGAUUAGUGCCGGCGUAUGAGGAAUUUUACGGCAAGCAUUUAAUCACGUUAAGCGAAGACGAGAGGUGUAUGAAGAUGUUGACGAGUCUUUCGCCGGAAAACAUGGCAAACUGCUUGUCUGUGCUUUUCCCGGGAUCGCCGGUGAUUUUAAGAAACUCGGGGUCGUUUUCAUUGACUUUGCCAACCGUUUCAGUAUCACAAACUUCCCGCCCUUUCCGAUGA